CACUAAAGUCAAGUGGUAGUAUCGUAAUUACUAACAUCUGCAGUGUCAUUUCGACAUGUUACUUCUCUUUUAACUAAACCUCGUCUCUGUUUCUCUUUCAUCAAAGUUCGUGCACUGAAAAACAUGAGAGGACUCUCCAGAAACUCCGGCACGGCGGCGAUUCUCGCGAUCUUCGCAAUCCUCGCCGUUCAGCACUUGACCGUAGCCGCCGACUUCCCUCCGUUAGAGACAGAGUGCCGCGGUACCAUAGCCGAAUGCUCGGUUUCCGCCGCGUUUGGAGACGAAGGAGAUCUGUUCUACGGCGGAGGAAUGGGAGCGGAGUUCGAGAUGGACUCGGAGAUCAACCGGCGCAUGUUAGCGAACAGGAGGUACAUCAGCUACGGUGCGCUGAGGAGAAACAGUGUACCUUGCUCACGACGCGGCGCAUCUUACUACAAUUGCCGACGUGGCGCACAAGCCAACCCGUACUCUCGCGGCUGCAGUGUCAUCACUCGCUGCCGGCGAUAAAUCUGUAAUUUUCCUCAAUAUUCUUUUCUUUUUUCUUAUAUAUAUAAUUUUCAGAUAAUUUCUCAGUUUCAUUGCAAUAUUCAUACGCAUAUAUAUGUAAAUUUCUCUGGAAAUAAUCUCCGUCAUUGAUGUAAAAGUACCAAGAAAAUAAGUAUGGAAUUGAAUUAGAUAAUUAACGUUGUAAUCAAUAGUAUCAUCAGUGAUAUAGGAAUGUGUUGAAGUAA